AUGCGGCGCCGGGAGUGGCUCAAAGAGCGGGCCAUCUGCGGAGUCAGGCUGCAGCUGCAGGAGAGCAGCGAACCAGUAGCGCCGUUGCCUGUAGCCUCGGGGAACAUCGGCACAAGCAGCGCCGCCACCACCGCUGACGCCACCGCCGCCGUCGCUCGGCGGCCGCCACCCUCACGGCUGCCCCACCCGCGGCCCAGCCCGUUUCGCGACUGCUCCAUGCCCCAGGCGCAGCAGCAGCAGGAGUGGGACGACGCAGUGCAGCAGGUGCAGGCUGCAGCGGCUGCCGGCGACGUGCACACCCUGGAGCAGCUGCUGGUGGCGGACGCACACCUGCUGGAUGCUGCGGGGCCGGAUGGGCGCACCGCCCUGCACUGUGCCGUGGUGCACGGGCAGCUGGGCGCCGCAGAAUGCCUUCUGCUCGCCGGGGCAGAUGCUCAUGGCGCGCUGCACCUGGCAGCAGCGGCAGCACACGCCGCCGCCCCCAGGCUGGUGCGCCUCCUGCUCAACCAAGGCGCAGAUGCGGCAGCCACCGACAGCUCCAGUCGCACACCACUCCAUGCAGCUGCUGCCAGCACUGGGUGCAUUGAGGUGCUGGUGUGCCUGGCGCGGCACAUUCCCCGCCUGCUGGCAGCGCGGGCGGGCGCCGGUGGCGACACCCCGCUGCACGCCCUCUGCCGCUGCCUGGCCCAGGACGGCAGCACGAGCCUGCGCCUGCUGCAAGCGCUGGCGGCCGAGCGGCUGCUGGGUGGGCCGUGCCUGGAGGUGCCAGAUGCGGCCGGCAGAACGGCGCUGAGCCUUGCAGCGGCGGCGGGCAGCUUGGAGGCGGUGCGGCUGCUGCUGGCCUGCGGCGGCAGCCCUUGUGGCGGGCCCUGCCAGGCGUGUCGCUCCACGCGUGCGGCUGGGCCGCCAAUGGCAGGAGGGCAGGAGCAGGAGCAGGGCGGUGCCGCCUGGGGCAGCCAGGAGGCGGCGCAGCGCAGCAUGCAGGGGCACACCUGCCCGCUGGCGGCCGCCUGCUGCCACACCAGCUGCAGCAUCCUGCUGUGCCUGCUGGGGGCUGGGGCCAGCGCCUCGGGGCUCAGCGACCUGGUCCUGGCACGUGCCGUGGUGGAUGUCAGAACAGACGUGGCGGCCGCGCUGCUGGCGGCGGGGCUGCGCAGCGACGCGCGGCCGCUGCUGGCCGCGGUGCAGCGCAGCGUUGUGGGCAUGGCGGGGCCUCUGGAGGAAGGCCUUGUGCGGGCGCUGAUGGAGGGAGGCUUGGACCCAAACUCUCCCGGACACCCGGCCGCCGCUCGGCGCCUGCUGGAGGCCGCGCUCCUGCCGGGGCGGGAGCGCCUGCUGCAGCAGCUGCUGCUGCCGGGCCCAGCCGCGCCUGCCGCUGCGGGUCGCGCGUCAGCACCACAGCAGGCGCAGCAGGCGCAGCAGCAGCCCCGGGCUGCUGUGGGGCUCGACGUCGGCACCCUUGCCCACCAGCUGCAGUUCAGCCCAGCCAACUUUGCAGUGAGCCAUUCCUCGCUGGCGGCGCUGCAGCUGCUGCUGGCUGCCGGGUGCCCGGCGGGGCCUGUGCCGGCACCGACGGGCUGCCCACCACUGGUGAUCGCAGCAGGCCGGCUGGACAUCGCGCGCUGCAGGGCUCUGCUGGAGGCGGGGGCCGAUGCAGGCGCCACCGACCUUCGCGGGCGGUCGGCACUGGAUGCGGUGCUGGAGUCGUGCUCCGAUGCCCGCAUGAUUCAGCUGAACAGCGUGCUGACGGACGGCAGCGGCGCCGCCACCGAGCGCCAGCUGCUGUGCCUGGUGGAGCUGCUGGUGGGCGCUAGGGCGCCCUGCCGCCACUUCCUGGCCGAGCACUGUGGCCUCGGCCGGCAGAGCAGCCUGCUCGAGGUGCUGGUGCACCGGCGCCUGGCGCUGGCGGUGGGACAGCCGGGCUGGAGCCCCGCCAGCCACCGGCUGUGGCCCGUCGCCUUCCAGCGCGCGGCUCGCGAGGCGCUGGUGGCGAUGCAGGGACGGGGAGCGGCUGCGGAGGGGCCUGGCGAGGCUGCCAAGCAAGCGGCUAUGGCUCUGGCGCCCGGGCCGCCGCGCAUUUGCCUGCCCACGGACAUUUGCUGCUUGAUCCUUGCGCGCGCGUCCCUGCCAGUGAGUUUUUGGAUGGAUGCAGAAGUUUAG